UAGCCUUACUUUUAACCACAUCCAAAUAAGUACUAUCUAUUGUUUUUUAAUUCCAUUGAAUCAUCACUCUCUCAAUCUUUUUGGUCUCUUUGUUUCCACGAGUAUAUAACUAACCCAAGCCCCCAAAUAUCUUCAUUCAAACUUCAAAACUCACAAUUAGUAGUGAAACACUAUAAAAGGAAAAAUAAAUUAUAUACACAUACAUUAGGCAUAUACACCAAACUUGUUAAGUUCAUCCAAAAAUGGAUUUUGGUUCUCAUCUCUUUCAAAACCAAAACCAAAACCUUCUAUACUUCCCUCAAAAUUCCUACUCUAAUAAUUUCUCUUGGGAAUUAGAAGAUUUUGUUAAUUUCUUCAAUGAUGACAUCAACUCCAACAACGAAUCAGAAACACUAACACAAACACGAACGAAUGAAUCAUUAUCUUCAUCAUUAUCAUCAGCCGAGUCCAACUCUAUGGUGUCCGUACUAAGCAAUGAGUCAAUAGAAGUCUUAUCCAAUACUACUUACACACAAGUGAUCAAACAAGCACAAACAUCAUUACCAUCACCACCACCACCACCGCAGAUUAAGGAAAGCAAUAAAAGAGCGUUUAGAGGAGUAAGAAGAAGGCCGUGGGGAAAAUUCGCGGCCGAGAUAAGAGAUUCAACUAGAAAAGGCGUAAGAGUAUGGAUUGGAACAUUCGACACGGCCGAAGCGGCCGCGUUAGCUUAUGAUCAAGCGGCUUUUUCAACAAGAGGUUCAUUGGCAGUGUUGAAUUUUCCGGAAGAAGUUGUUAGAGAAUCACUUAAAGAAAUGAGUAGAAAUUCUAAGCCUUUGGAAGAAGGAACUUCACCGGUAUUGGCACUCAAGAGAAAACACAUCAUAAGAAAAAAGUCCAAUAAGGUUAGUAAAAAGAAAAUCAAAAGUGAAGAACAAAUUCAGAUUCAAAUAGAGACCCAAAAUGGUAAUAUUAAUUCACAAAAUGUGUUUGUGUUUGAGGAUUUGGGUGCUGAAUAUCUGGAGCAACUAUUGAGCUUGACUUCAUAGUUUUAUUUUUGUCUAGAUUCAUAGGUUUUGGAAUUUUUCAUCAACUUGGUAAUUCUUAAAUCAUGAUGAUGACAAGAUAAAUGUUCCAUAGGAUAUUCCUUCCUCAUCUUUUAUCGUCAUCAUCAUCACUUCACUACUUUGAAUUUUUAUUUUGCACUAUUGUUGUUCUGUAAAGAAAAAGAAAACUUUACAAAGUAUGUAAUUACAUAUAUGUUUUAGGAAAAUUGGUGUAUUGCACAUGAGAAUUUUAUCUGCAUUAUGAAAGUGUUAUAUUAUUAGUGAUAUUA